CGACCCCGCUGGUGGCUGCGGCCAGGCCUGCCUGCCCCCCGCCCCUGCAGCGCUCUGCGCCCCUGCACACAGGUGUCGGCAGACUGACCCCAGACACCGUGCUCGGUAGACAGCUCUCCUCCUCCGCCUGUGGGUCCUUUGAAGAGGAAAGGAAGAGUCGGAGCCGUUUUUGUGGAUAUCGGGUUUUGUCUCACCCUCCAGCUGCCCCUCGACGUUGGCGAUCACACCUCCUGCUUCUGCCCCCAGUUGUGGGAUCUAGUCCAGCGGUCUCGGCUCUGCAGGCUUGCCUUGCGCCUAGGCUGCCGGGGCGAUCCGGGAGACUGAGGCCCACAAAGGUCAGGCGGUCCGCCCAAGGGUGCACAGCCAGGUUCCUGACUGCAGGACUAAGCUUCUGAGGUGAACGACCAGGAGUGCUGGGGCCGCCAGCGAUCAAAGGAAUUUGAAGACGCUGGAAGUCUCUCUGGCCCCGAAUCCUCAGGCAAGCUGGGAAAUGACUAACCAGCAGGUGUGAGAGGUUGAGAAAGGUCACUUCCCUACCCACCCUGGGACAGAUCACGUCUUUUCUGUAGGUGGAGUCGAGCACAAUGAGCACAAGAAAACGUCGUGGUGGAACAGUCAGUCCUAGACAAGCCCAGAAGCGAACUCGGGAAGCAGCCUCCACACCCGAGAUGGCUGUGGAAGCAGAACCCAUAGAACUUGUGGAAAGCGCUGGAGAUGAAAUAGUGGACCUCACCUGUGAGUCCUUAGAGCCUGUGGUCGUCGACCUGACUCACAACGACUCCGUGGUGAUUGUUGACGAAAGGAGGCGACCCAGGAGGAAUGCGAGGAGGCUCCGCCAGGACCAUGCCGACAGCUGUGUGGUGAGCAGUGACGAGGAUGAGUCCCCCAGAGACAGAGACGUGUAUGUGACCCCACACACGCCCAGAGGCGCCAGGGAGGAGGGCGCGGCCGGACUCAGGCCCUCCGGUACUGUCAGCUGUCCCAUCUGCAUGGACGGUUACUCUGAGAUUGUGCAGAAUGGACGUCUCAUUGUUUCUACAGAAUGUGGCCACGUCUUCUGCAGCCAGUGCCUCCGUGAUUCCCUUAAAAAUGCUAGUACCUGCCCGACUUGUAGGAAAAAGAUCAACCACAAACGGUAUCACCCCAUUUAUAUAUGAAGUAUACAGUGCUGCUCAGGAGAGAUGGAGGGACAGACAGACAGCAUGGCUGGAUUCUCCCCACAGCCUUCCGCAGAAUCUGUGGGUUAGCUGCCUCCAAUUUCCUGAGUUCAAAAGACUCUCAGAAUCAAUGCCUGAUGAUAUCAUCCGUUCUUUUGUUUCCAACCUCUUCUUUGAUCUUUUUGUUAUCUCCAGUUUGCUGUGGGGCUGGACCAGGGGGCCUUCCCAGACCAGGGUCUCCAGCUCUGCUCCUCUGGGGUGGCGUGGUUCCAGGCUGGGGGCGAGGGAGUCAGCCCCACUGGCCACCCACCAGCCUGUAGGCCCAGGGUUCCCUGCUCUGGGACCUCAUGUGGCUUAUGGGCUGGCCCGCACAGUGGAAUUGAGAAUUGUGCCUCCAGCCUCAUUCCGGAACCUGCAUGUUUGCCAAGAAGUGUCCCCGUCUCCUAGCUUCCUGCCGGCAGCGUCACUGUAAGGGCAGCCCCUAGGCAGUGAUCGAGCAGGUCUUUCCCGGCUUUUUUGGGCCCACCACCUCUCUUCACAGCCACCGCCACUCAACCAGUCUGCCCAUCGCACAGUGACCAAACAGUCCACCUUGCUGAGGAUCCCAGCAGCAAGAGCAGCCGAGACCCACCCAGCCUGGAGACCCUGGGAAGACCCACCACCGGACUCCUCUGGGGAGUCAGGGCAGCUGUGGUUCCGCCUGCACCUUAACUUGGAUGGGCUGUGAUCUCUGCAAAUCCAGAGAAGCUCUGCAGGGCACUGCCCCGUUUCCUGCGACUAAAACCGUGCAAUAAAGGCCGUCCUUCCUUCCCAGCAGCCAGGAGACGCAGCACCGUCAGCCCUCCCAGAGGCCUGAUGAAGCCUGGGAGCAGUGCCGUCCCCCCGCUGCUUCUGUUCACCAACCGUUCUCAGGAACCUUACCCAUGCCCCAAAGGUCUCCACCUGGCACAGAACCUGCAGGGUCAGCAGGUGGGCCCGCGGUCAGGGUCUUCUCUGUUUUCUGAUAAAAUUAAUCUUGUGCUCGCCACAUGGCCUCUGGCCCUCAGUUCCUAUAGUGUAAUGUCUGGUCGCCUGAGCACAGGCCCUGGGAGCUGGUGCCACUAACAAUGGCCUUAUCAGCCACUCACCUCCACGCCAUUGUCCAAGUUACUUCUACCCUUUGUUUUAAAGAACUUGGCCCCUCACUUGACCUCAGCUGGGCCACCGACUUGGCUUUCUCACCCACCCCACCACUUGACAGUUUGUCUCAGAAGCUGCUCUUCUGGCUUCCUGGGCUUUUGACUGCUCCAUGGGUUUGAUUGGCAAAGCAUGGCGGCACUUCCUCCCCAAGGAGCCCAGGGAAAAACCCCCUCCGUUCUCUCCAGUGAGCAGGCUGCUCUGGAGGGCAGAGGGGAGAAGCCUGUGGUGCCAGCCUGCCUCCACCUCGUGCCCCGCCGCCCUCAGAGGGCCUCAAGCCAAACCAGCAGCCUUUGUGGUGGGGGAAGGGCCACCCCGGCUUUGCUAGCAAUAACUGACCUUCAGCUGACCUUCCAAAGGAGCAGAAUUCACUUUACAUGGGGCCGAAGGAGUGUCCUGCAAUGAAGAGAAUGGUUUUAUUCUUCGUUCUUCAGCUGUUUGGUUCACUUCCAGUUAGUCUGAAUAAAAGUAAUAAUUUUCUACUUAGCAUUACAGAGGGUAGGACCAUCUGGCUUUCAUCAGAGGGACGCGGACAGUGUCUGCCCUCAGACUGGACGUGGUUACAGUUAGGUUCCUUCCGGACUUCACGUAAAUGCUUUUUUCUCAUAUUUCAAAUGGUACCCAAACUUCAGGAACCCAUUCGACCAAUUCACUAACACCUCUGCCGAUACGCUUUUCAAAGUGUAAUGUUUUUUGCUUAACUGGUUGAUCAUUCAUCUUGAAUUAAAUUGGGGAGAAUGUGUGCUUAGUUUCUUCUUUGAAUACUGCAAAAUAGGAGAAGGUUAAUAUGAAAAUAAGUCCCUUCCCCUUCCUCUGUACAUAAGUCACACCUUCCUUUGUUCCAUCUGAACUAUAACCACGUAGGGCGGUCUGUUUUGGACUCCUACUUGUCUUAAAGAUGGAAAUAAACCAUUCAUUUGAA